AUGUCGGCGUCAGAGAUUCUUCGGGAACUGGAUUCCUUGAAGGAUGCGAAGGCCAAAAUUGAGCAUAAAAUCUCUGCGCUUGAAGCUCAACUCAGAGAGAUUCAUCUCCGAAACGACGCCGCACCGCUCAACGGUUCUUCUUCGUACUCCACUAAUGGUUUGACGCAGGACAUGAUCCACAGAUACAGUCGUCACCUUAUGCUUCCCGCCUUUGGUGUUCAAGGGCAGGCAAAUCUGUUGAAGUCAUCGAUUUUAGUUGUGGGAGCUGGUGGAUUGGGUGCUCCUGCAUUGUUAUACUUUGCAGCUUCUGGUGUUGGGCGCUUGGGUAUUAUUGAUCAUGACGUGGUUGAGCUGAAUAAUAUGCAUAGGCAGGUUAUCCACACAGAAGCAUAUGUUGGUAAGCCAAAAGUAAAGUCCGCGGCCGCCGCUUGUCGCUCGGUCAACUCCACUAUUCAAGUUGUGGAACAUGAAGAAGCUUUGCGGACUUCUAAUGCUUUGGAAAUCCUCAGCAAAUAUGAUAUAAUAGUAGAUGCAACAGAUAAUGCUCCUACCAGGUACCUGAUCAGUGAUUGCUGCGUUGUUCUAGGAAAGCCUCUAGUCUCAGGUGCUGCAUUGGGAUUGGAAGGGCAGCUGACUGUCUACAAUUACAAUGGUGGUCCGUGCUAUAGAUGCCUCUUUCCUAUGCCACCACCCAGAACGGCAUGCCAGAGUUGCGCGGAGGGUGGAGUUCUUGGAGUUGUUCCUGGUAUAAUCGGCUGUCUCCAAGCUCUUGAGGCUAUUAAGAUUGCAGCUUCUGUUGGUGAACCACUCUCAGGAAGGAUGCUUCUCUUGGAUGCAUUGUCUGGAAGGAUUCGUAUUGUCAAAAUCAGAGGAAGGUCUAUGCAUUGUGAAGCUUGUGGAGAAAAUGCAACAUUUACCCAACAGAAAUUCCGAGAAUUUGAUUAUGAGAAGUUCACUGAGACUCCUCUGCGAGUGCCUCCUUUGAAGUUAAAUCUACUUCCGAAUGAAUCAAGAAUCAGCAGCAAGGAGUACGGUGAAAUAAUUCUUACGAAGGAACCACAUGUGCUUGUUGAUGUUAGACCAGCUCACCAUUUCAAGAUUGUAUCUCUACCAAAGUCCCUGAACAUUCCACUCUCAACAUUAGAGGCUAGGCUACCAGAAAUAUCAUCAGCUUUGAAGAAAGAGGAAGAGGACAGUGGUCUAGUUUCUGGAUCAAGUGCACAAUUGUAUGUAGUGUGCAGAAGGGGAAAUGAUUCUCAAAGGGCUAUUCAAUGUCUUCACAAAAUGGGUUUCACAUCUGCCAAGGACAUUAUUGGGGGCUUAGAGUCUUGGGCCCACAAUGUGGAUCCUAAUUUCCCUACAUAUUAG